CGCUGAGACUGGUCAUGGCAGGCAAGCCGCCCUGCCGGCCCAAGCCUCCGCUGUGUAGCACGCGCUUGCCGCCGGAGCCGCCGCUGCAGGUGAAGGUGGUGGGGCUCUUCAAAAGCUCCAGCUUUCAGAUGUCGAAGACCAUCGCCGAGACUCUGAAAAACUCUUAUCCAUCCAGAUUUGAAGAUCCUGUAAUAGUUCCUCUUCAAGAAUUUGCUUGGGAUCAGUAUCUACAGGAGAAAAAAAGGGAACUGAAGGAUGAAACCUGGGUAUAUUCAUCCUAUGUGAUGUGUUUUAUUAACAAUCGACUCCUGGGUAAUGCAUUUGAUCUGAAGAAAUGGGCCCAAAAUGUGUGGGAUAUCGUCGAUGUUCGGCCCUCUGCACUCUAUGAGGCACUCACUUUGGAUUAUGCCACAAAGUUCUUAAAGGACACCAAGCAUGAUUUUGUGUUCUUGGACAUUUGUAUUGAUCUUUCUCUAAUUGGAAGAUUGAUUUUUGAGGUCUUGUGCACAGGAGCAGCAGGAUUUUCUGAACGAGGCAUAAGGCUCCAUUACAAAGAUUCAAUUUUUCAUCGAGUAGUACAGAAUGGUUGGAUACAAGGAGGAGAUAUAGCAGAAGGAAAAGGAGAUGAUGGAGAGUCUAUUUAUGGGCCAACAUUUGAAGAUGAAAACUUUUCAGUUCCUCAUAAUAAAAGAGGAGUCCUUGGAAUGGUCAACAAAGGCCGUCAUACAAAUGGGUCCCAAUUCUAUAUCACACUACAAGCAACUCCCUAUCUGGAUAAAAAAUACGUGGCUUUUGGGCAACUUAUUGAAGGAACAGAAGUUCUUAAACAACUAGAAUUAGUUCCAACAGAGAAUGAAAGACCAAUGCUUGUUUGCAGUAUCAUGGACAGUGGAAUUCUGUAUGCCUGAUUUUCACAUUGGCAUUUUCUGUGAUGAUUUAUUAUUGUACAUCUGAUCAGCUGUUUCUAGAUUUAAUUAAAUGGUGCUUGGUAACAUUUAAUUUGAAAGCUGUGGCAGACACUGUAGGUUGACUCAUCUAACAUCCAAUCCCUCCCUCUUUUCCUUUCUUGCCUCCACCCUGAGACUACUAAAGCAAAGUACUCAAUUUACCAGGCUUCUUUGUAGGUGGGAAGGCCAUUUGCUAGCAUCAUGGCCAGUGGGACAGUAGAAGGCCAGUGGUCCUGCUCCCUCCCCUUCAUCAUUCUUGAGUACAGAGAGGCUGGAUGCCAAGAGAACCCACAGAGAAGCAGGACCAAUACGAGGCCCCACCUCUGCACUGCUGGACUUUAUUUUUCUACAGGAGGAAAACAGACCCCUGGAUUAUGUUGCUGAUGGUUAUAUUGUCACCUGUGGCCCCAACUUUUUUUUUUUUCGGUCUUUUUGAGACAGGGUCUCCCAGUAGCCCCAGCUGGCCUGGAUCCCAAACAUUUUUAAUCUAGCAAUAUACCUAAUGUUUUUUAAUUUAAAGCAUUUGUAAAUGAAUUAUAUUGUUGUUUGUAACUACAUUUCUAUCAUGAGAAACUUGGUAAAUAACCAUGUAAUGCAAUAGAAAAAACAAUUCAGUGUGAAGUUUUAUUGCAUAUACAUAGUAUUCAGGAAGACUGCAUAUACUUUGGAUGUUGUGAAUAUAAUCCAUGACUCUCUGAGCCGUUCUAAUCAUAUGAAAAUCAAAGGCUUGGGUUACACUCCCCAUGGUGGUUGAUACAAGUAACAUUACUAGAGCUCUAAAACAGAGCUGAUAAAACAUCAGCUGCUCUUUGAUCUAAAGGUCUUAAAGCUACAUCACCUGGGGGCAGGAACUUUUAAAAUAUAGACCCGCAGAUCCUGUCCUUGACCUCCCAAGUCACAUUAUCCAGGAGUGAGAAUAUUUAGAUAGGGUCAGAGAUUCUACGUUCAUUUAGCUCACUCUUAUUUGCAGAGCUGGACUUUUGGGGAUCACAAGACAGGAGUAUCUGGUUUCAGACUCCAGGUAUUGUCAGCAAAGCACUGAUAUCACUCCCCUUGUGCCUCUCUCUCACCCAGGGCUACUCUACUUUUCUAGCCCUGCACCAAAGAUGAUCUCCCUUUAAACCAGUCCUGAAAGAGACAGAUUAACUGAUUCUGGACUCGCCAAAGAUACGCAUAUUAUUUGAGAUAAUUAUAGAUUCACAGGAAGUUGCAAAAAUAGUUCAGAGAAAUCUCCUGUACCCUUCACCCAGUUUCCCAAGUGCUUAUAUCUUACAUAACUAUGUACAGUACCAAAACAGGCGGCUAAUAAUGCCAUUUUAGCAGGUAAAGACUUGUGUAGCACAUAAUAAAGAUACAGAACUUUUCCAGCACCACAAAGAUCUCCCUAGUGCUACCCCUUAGUCUUACCUAUUCUGUUCCUCUUUGUGCUAGAUAGCUUUGGUUAUCAAUUUGACAUA